AUGACUUCGCCUUCGUCUGUCCUGCUGCUCCUGGUGGGGGCUGCCCCGCGCCCUACAAGAGUUUUGGAAAUCGCUGGUGCUUGCUUGGUGGUCGUCGCUGCCCCAAAGAACGGUCCUGGUGAGCCCCUGGUGUGGAACGACGCUCGGGGCAAGUGCGGAGAAGCCAGGGGCGAUCUGGCUGUCAUUGACAACCACGAAAAGCUUCAGCUGCUGUCAAGGUUCAUCGAUGAGAAAUAUCCAGAGGAAACAACUGGAGGAUGGACUUACUUUGUCGGAGCUCAGAAAGUUAAUUCAAAAUGGGUAUGGACCAAUGGUGCUGAUGUAGAACUGCAAUCCAAUCUGUGGAAUCCAGGCCAACCAGCGCCACAAAAUGAGAUCUCGUCGUUAGUUCCCAGCGACCAGACCCACGGAAGACGCUACAUUACCAGCAACACCCACCCCACUUUUGCUCCGGGUUACAUCUGCGAACGAUUCUAAGAGUUUCGGGUCGUUGGGUGGUUUAAGAAUUCUGUCGUGAAGCGUUCAGCACUUGGUGGCUAAAGGCUGGGUCACGGAAAUAUGCAAACCUUUACAUGCUCGAGUCAGAGAUAUAAAGAUACAGAAUGAUAAUUUUGAGGAUUUAAAUUACUGUUAUUUUUUUUUUGAAAACACAGCCUAAGAUGCAUGUCAGAAAUUCAAUGUACAAUGCAUACAAGAUUGUUAUUGUAUUAAAGGAAUUUAAAUUC